AUAGAUGGAAAAGACAGACAAAAUGAAUUAUAAAUGUGAAAUUUGUGACAAAAGCUUCAGUAGAAAGUACCAUUUAAAUAUUCAUCGAAGAAUUCACACAGGAGAUAAACCUUAUGCAUGUGAAGCUUGCGAACAGACUUACAGCAAUAGUUCUAAUUUUCGAAGGCAUUUGAUGACUCAUUCUGAAGGUUGUCUGUUUGUCUGUAGGCACUGCAAAUGCAGAUUUAGGCUAAGAGAAGACAUGAGUUAUCAUCUUCGAAGUCACCAAGGAGAUAAGCCAAUUAGCUGUGAUCUGUGUCCGCAGCGAUUUUCUGAUCGGUCUCAUUUAAAUCAGCACAUGAAAAUUCAUACUCGAGAAGGUUCUUACGAAUGUAGUAAAUGUGGAGCGAAGUUUAAGGAGAAGAAACAAUUAAAUUUACACCUUAAAAUACAUUGUGAUGAGAAGUGACAGAAGGUAAUGAUGAUGUAAUCAACUAUGAUAUUUCUAAGAAUUUAAUUGAAUAUAUAAAAAUUUUUCGGUUAUAAUAAAAUAAUACGUAUUUUAUGUUAAGACAUUUUAUUAAUGUACAAUGUAUACAUUAUGGAAAAUUGUAUAGCUUCAUAUUUGUACACUGGAUAUGAAAA